AUGAACCCGACGCUGAUCUGGUCGUUACUUUUAUUGAUGUUAAUACGACGCCUAAAUGCUACAAAUUAUAUAAACUUUGUGGUCAGUUCAGUCAAAUCUGAAGAGAGGAGUCUCUCUUGUGAUCUGCAGCUAUAUAACGAGAUUCUGUCGAACACUAUAGCCAACAUUUCGUUUGAUUGUUCACCGGGAAUCGACUAUCAAAAGCAUCAGCUGUCGUUGAAUGGGACGUUGACAUAUCCGGUGAGCUUUAUUUUUUUACCAUAACAUUUGCCUGAAAUGUCAAUGCUUUAUGAGCUUCUUGUAUGCGGGUAUGAAAAAUCGAGCAUCUCUACUUCCAAUUUGUUGAUUUCGAUUACUUUAAUCGACCAUCUGCAUCAUAUCCUUUCACAUUUUAUGCACUUAUCCGAGGACUUCUGUCUUUUUUCUCCUCCAGAAUGCAUCUGUUGUGAAUGAGAUUCCAAUUAACUGACAUGACUCGUUUUAUGGGCUUUUAAAAGUCUAAAAACACUACCUGAGAUUUGAAUAGCACUGGAGAUGAAGAAUAGAGAGAGAUUGGAAACAAAAGAUUUGUUUGCUUGAUCUAAUUUGCAUAAUUAAUUCGAACGCCCUAUAUUGGAAUUAAAACUUUCUUUGCGGGGUCACCCAUAAAUAUUGAGGGCGGAGGGGUUUGAUCUUUGUUUGAGCAUCCAAUCGGAAGUGUGACGUAAUCGGACGACUAUAAUGCGGAAUAUUCAGAUUAAUUUAUCAAAAAUCACCUUGUUUAGAGAACAAAAUCUUCUUCAGAAUUUAAAAUAAUAUAUUCUUUAUUUAUAUGAUUUUAGUACUACUUAUAAUCAUCCACUACUAGAUAGUAAAAAUCAACCUUAAAACAUCCGGUUUGUGCUGCAAAUUAACUUCAUCUCGACGCCAUCCCCAAUUAAUUACCCAAAUAAUUCUUGCGCAAUCUUUGCACCCUCGAAAUAUUCGUCUUGAGGUAAUUAAUGUGCCACAUGCCAGAACACGUGUGACCAAUUGCCUCGAAUCAGGGUUACCUUUUAUUCAUCAGCUCUUAUCCCUUAUUACACAACCCUUUUCGGAUAUCCAAUCGGAUCGAUUUCUUCUGUUUUUCAAGUGACCUUGUUCAGAGUAGAUUAUCCGUGAGGGGGGAAAGAGCAACAGAUGCGUCGUCUUUGUGAUAUUAUACACUUUCUUGCAUCACAAUUGUCGGAAAUGAGGGGUUACUGUAGAUCUAAACGCUUUAUAGAUUUUGCUAUAACUUUGACCUUAACUCGUUUUCAGAUUGUAUUUCUGUUGUCGAUCAGAAACUCUGAGACCAAAAAAGAAGUUUAUACCGCUUACUCAUCUCUUAAUACUCUUGAAAAUGCCCCGAAUUAUAUGAAACACAAGAUUGUAAGUAUCAAAACUUUUUUUUAAAUUCAAAAAGCAUCCAUUCCGCCAAACUUCGAAGUUGAAAUUUCAGUCGAGCGAACAGUUCACAAUGAUCUACAACACAAGUCUCCAAUGUGCCGACGAUUUUGUUGGGAGAUACUGUAACAUUUCCUGCGAACCUCCCAAAAUGACUGAUCAUUAUGUGUGCAGUAGAGAUGGAAAAGUGUGUAAUAAAGGAUGGUUGGGACCGAAUUGUGACCAGCCUUAUUGUCAGUCCAACUGUAGUCGCCAUGGCCAGUGUGUAUCUCCUGGAGUCUGUGUGUGUGAUUCUGGAUGGAUUCGAGAGACUUGUAAUGAAUGCAUUCGAAGGGAAGGAUGUGUUUAUGGCUCUUGUUCCGAGAAACCCUACAGUUGCAAAUGUAAAUUGGGGUAUUCGGGACCUUUGUGUGAUCGACAUAUCAGCAGUGAAUGUGUUCUGAAUGAUUGUGUUCAUGGACAAUGUGCGUUUAUGAGAGGUGUCAAGGUCUGUCAUUGCGAUUCGGGAUAUCAUGGGAAGAAUUGUGAUCAAACGGUAAGGGAUGUUCAAUCAUUAUUUAAUUAAAUUGUACUUGUAAGUAACUUGAAUUAAGCUUUAGAUCCCCAAAAUGUCUCAGCCGUCAACUGAACUUCCCAUCUUCAAUCAGAUGUCCCAUCAAUACUGGAAUCCCCCACCUCCUCCACAUCCAGAUCCUCCAAUCACCUUAAACACCUUGAUCCUUUUGGCAUCGUUCACCUGUCUUUUUUGUUCGAUCGUCAUCUUAAUCCAGAAGACUUAUAAGUACAUCCAAAAGUCUCGGUCACCCCAGAAUCCUCCAAUUCAGCGAGGACCCACAUUAGAUGAAGCCAAGUUCUUCGCUUCCUCUUCUCCCCCACCUCCUUAUCCCGUCGAUAAUCCCAAAUUACUUUCCUGA